UCUGAGUAUCGUAAAAAUUCACCAGUAUGUUGAAACAAUAAUUGUAAAAUGCGAUAAAUAACACGUUAUAUAUAAUUGCAACAGAUUGAUACAUAUAUGAAAUAAAAAGAUGGGCUACUAUUGCGCUUGGGGAGACGCGAAGAUGGUGUGUAGCUCCGAGGAGGAGGGUUAUGACAACCGUGCCUCCGAUGUCGGACAGAAGAGAGGAAGACGCGCUUCGGACACCCACGGAGAAGCUCCAUCCGUUCCGGCUUCACCGAUUUCGGACGAUACCGAUCGGCAAUUCUGGGCGGAGGACGAGUUGAGCAGUUCGGAGUCGCGGCAAAGAUUAAACACAAGGAGGAAGCGUCGACAUAGCGUUUCCUACAGGAAUCGUGCCGCGAACAAGAGUCUAUCUCGUGCACCCCGUUCGUCGAAUUCCAGUUCCGAUUCGAUCCACGUGGAGAUCUUACCUAAAAUUCGCAAAACACGAAGACGUUGGUUGCAUUCUAAAACGAAGAAAUUACAAUCGGUAAAAGCGUCGUGCACAAGUACUGAAAAAACGGAUUGUGCAAUAGAAGUGCAUGUUUCUUCGGAACAUCAGACUGCAUCUACUUCUAGCUCGCGCCUCGAGGAUCAUAAAACAAACUUGUUGCGUACAAAUCAUUGUAAACAAUCAAGUCACACACUACGGAACAACAAGAAAACUCGAAUGAAAAAAGCAUAUGGUUCAUCUAAAUCUAAACAGAAAUAAAAUCUUAAUGUCCCAGUGAUAUAUGUUAUUAUAAUCCGAAAAUAAAAAAUAAAAAAGGUAAGAUGUA